ACAUAAACGUAAACAAACGGAAUGAAGCUUAAGGACAAAAUGUAGUAAGACCUCUGGGUGUGACGUCAUCAGUCCCGCCCCACUCCAUCAGGGAGCUAUCAUCCCUCCUCCCGCCUCCCUCAGCUAUGUAUUUGCCGGAGGUCCUAUCAGGGCCCGACCUCCCCUAUUUGCAGCUGCAGUUCUUCUAAUCCAGCUUCCACAAUGUCUUUCCCACUGGGACAUUUGCCUAAGUUGGACCAUUUUCAACAAAAGGGAUAAAUCUACUUGAAUGCAAGAACAACAACAAAAAUGCCCCACACAAAGUCCCAUGCACUGAAAAUUAAUGGAUGUGCCUUUAAAGUGCCUGAACCAUUCAGACAUUGUGGCCUGACACUCAUGGUUGCCAAGCCGAAGCUUCCGUCUUGCACUGUCAGUGUGGCAACUGGAAAUCAAGGAACAAAUUCAACUGUAAAAGUCAGGAAUGGUCCUAUAAUAGAUGAAAAAGCAUGUGUCAACAAAUCUAUUCAGGUAUCUGAAGAGAACAAUUUUCUGGAAAACAUUAAAAUCCUGCAAAAGGAAAAUCUACAGCUCAAAGGUACACUGGAAGAAAAGGAUUCAACAAUAUCAAGAUUAAUGAAAAUAAUUGAAGACCAGGCUACUGAAUAUAACACAGCAGUUGAAUUAGAAAAGGAACACUGGAAUAAGACUGAAAGGCAGUUGGAGGAAUCUAAGCAUUUAGUUAGAGAGAAGAUGCAGCUGCUUGAUGAAACGAGAACACACUAUACAAAAAUUAUUCAAGAACAAGCAACACAGCACGCAGAGCUGGUGUUUGAGAUGAAAAAGCAGAUUGAGGCAGAAAUAAGGUGCAGAGAAGAAAAGAUUGCCAAACUUAAGCAAUACAUUUCUUGUACCUUUCAAGAAAAGUCCAGUGAACACCGACUACAAAUAGAUGAACUAAGGAGAGAAAUAAACAAAUUAUCCGAGAAAACACGCAUUCUUAAAACAAAACUUGGAAAAGAAAUAAAGUCAAAAACGGAAUGUGAAUACUGCAAACAUCGGCAGUUACAACUGGAAGAUCUUUGAGGGACUGAAAAUUACACUUCAGAUACUUUAUUUUGUACAAAAACUUUAAACAUAACUUUGGCAUGUGGAAGGUGAAGCCAAUUGUCACAUUUCAGGUUGCUCUGAAGCUUACAGAAAGUAAAACACUGAAAAUUAUGCUCACAA